AUGGAGUUAUCAAAUUCAGAAGGUCAGCAACACAAUGAUCACAAUAUUUCACUAAGUCAAAAAUCCCCUGACGAAAAUGAGAAAUAUUGCAUAGAAUGCAACAAAAAAUUCAACUGCAAAAAUUCCACGUCGGACAUAACCCAAAAAUGUCCGCAGUGCUCCGUCAUACGACCUAACUCACCAGCAUCCACUGCUACAACUCGGAGUUCUGCUCAUUCUAACAAGUCACAUUCGCGUAAAAUUCAAUUACAACUUAAAAGACUUGAAGAAGAGCGAAUAUUUAAUACAGAAUAUCUAAAUAAAAAAUACCAACUUCUUGAGGAAGCCGAAGAUAUAAGUGAUACUUCGUCUAACAAAUCCCGAACAGUACAAAAUUGGCUAAAUAAAGUUCCAGAUCAAGAUGAAACAUCAGAAAUUCUCCCUGAAGAUAGGCAUCUAUCUGCCGCUAAUAAUCAAUGUACCAACACAAAUCAGCAAGCUUCAAGCUUGCCCCACGAGAUUGUUUAUUGUGACAUAUCAGGUCACGCCAAUACGCAAAAUAAACCAAAAACAAACAUGCAAAUAAAUCAUAAUCACCAAACUGCAAAUACUUCAUUCGUGCCCAUUGUCUCCACUGCUUCUGCGAGUACCUUGUCAAUACCAAAUCGUGCAAUGUACACGGCAACUACAAGCGUCUGCCACCCAGAAGUGCAGUCAGGUGUCAUUGAUCAUCUUCCUCAUGUAACCGUAAAUCCACAUUUACCUCGACCUCCACUAAUUCGCAAUGCAAAUUUUCGUCCUUAUCAGCCAACAAUUAUUAAUAAUUCUGCUCCCCACACCUUUUUACAAACUGCUCCAAUUUCUACCACCAUGAAUAUUUCACCUAAUGAGGAUCCAGCUCCACUGAAUCGCAAUACGAAUUUCGCUUCUCAUCAGCCACGUCAGCAGUCAUACAUUAAGGAUUCAGCUCCACAUACGUUCUUACAGAAUGAACCGAUGUCUUCGACUAUGAAUAUUUCUCCUAAUGCCAAUACAGCGACAUCAUUUUGUCCACCUGUAAGUCUGGAACCUCACAACAGGCUACUACAGUCGCACAUAAAUGCUAGGCAAUCCAUGCCGAAGGAAUUGCCACCAUUCUCUGGCAAUCCGGAAGAAUGGCCCACUUUUAUUUCCACUUUGGAAUGCUCUCCAAGCGUGCAACAAAUGUUGAUUCAUCCUGCUAAUGUACCAGGAGUAGUUGAGGUACUUCGAUUGCUGUACGGCCAACCUGAAAAAAUUAUCAAUUCAAUAAAAUAUAAAAUAAAAUCGUCGCCAGUAGUUGAUGAAAACAAUCUAAAAACACUUACCACAUUUGCGAUAAAAGUCCGAAGCCUAAUUUCCACCAUCACCGCCAGCAAUUUGUAUGAUGAAAUAAAUAAUUCAUCUCUUCUCUUUGAUUUGAUACAAAAGCUCCCCCCUUCGUAUCAAAUGCAAUGGGCAAAUUACAAAAUGCAGUUGAUGAACCAAAACAAAAAUCCAAAUUUAUCUGAAUUUGACAAAUGGAUAUUCAGCAUUGGCAUCACUGCCAGUAGUAUAGCAGUUGAACCUCACUGUUCGAAAACAACAACAAACCAUAAAGACAAAAUAUCAGCAAAUAACAAAAAAGCAUACAAAAAAGAUUACGUUUAUACUCAUAGCGAUGAACGUAAAUGUGUUGUAUGCAACAACAACUGCAAAGCAGUAGCUAGCUGUCAAACAUUCCUCUCACUCGAUCGUGGAGAGAAAUGGAAUGUGGUGAAAAGGAACAAACUUUGCAAGUUUUGUUUGUGUAAGCACAACGAUGAGUGCAGAAAGAAGAAGAAAUGUGGUAAAGAGGGGUGCGAAUAUUUUCACCACUCGUCAUUACAUCGAUAUUCACAACCUGCAAAUGAACAUAAUGAAAUGUCAAAUGACAAUGUAAACAAUUUGCAUAUAGAAGAAGUAGUAAACAACUCACAUAGUGCUGAAAUAAAAAAUAUUUUGUUCAAAAUAAUUCCUGUAAAAAUAUAUGGAAAAGAUAAAAGCAUAAACACAUAUGCUUUCAUAGAUGACGGAUCUUCAAUCAGUUUAAUGGACGAGUCGUUAGUGAACCAAUUGGAUGUGGAGGGCAUUUCCAACCCCCUCUGCCUUCGGUGGACUGGAGGUGGAAAUGGAAAGCGCUUCAACAUGAAUGUUUUUACUGUAAAUUCGCUAAAUUUACCAUCCCAAUCGCUGGAUUAUAGAGUUAUGGCGCAAAAUUAUCGCCACUUGCGAAAUCUUCCUGUGAAAAGUUAUAGUAAUGCUGUGCCAAUGUUGUUAAUUGGAUUGAAUCAUUUCGACCUAGGAAUUCAUAAUAAAGUCCGUGAGGGAUCCCCGUAUGAGCCCGUUGCUGUACGAACACAACUUGGAUGGCUAAUAUACGGCACAGUCGCAGAGAACAAGAACUCAGGUAAGCACUUUAAUUAUCAUAUAUGUGAGUGUUCUGCGAGUGAUAAUGAUUUAGACAAGUUGGUCAGAAGCUAUUAUGCUCUUGAUAGCGUGGGGAUUAGCAUAAAAGACCCUCUUAUUGCUGAAAGCGAACAACGCGCGUUGCAUCUAUUAGAUAACUUUACAAAACGAAAUGCCAAUGGUAACUAUAUAGUUCCAUUAUUAUGGAAAUUCGAUUUAGUAAAAUUGCCUGACAGUUAUGAUAUGGCCUUCAAACGCCUUGUUUGCUUAGAGCGAAAAUUAAAGCAAAAUGACGAGCUUUUCAACACAUUUAAAGAAACAUUGUCAAAAUACCUAUCUAAGGGCUACAUAAGAAAAUUGAAAGAAAAUGAAAUUGAUCGAGCCGAUGGAAGAGUUUGGUAUCUACCAAUUUUCGCUGUCUUUAAUAGAAACAAACCCGGUAAAUCGCGCGUAGUUUGGGAUGCAGCAGCAAAAUCAAAUGGAUCAUCUUUAAAUUCAUUUCUUUUAAAAGGACCUGACUUUUUAGCUUCAUUACCAUCAAUUCUUUUUAAAUUUCGGCAAAAAUCUGUGGCUAUAUGUGGAGACAUUGAGGAGAUGUUCCACCAAAUUUAUAUACGGCGUGAAGAUCGCGACGUACAAAGAUUUUUGUGGCGAGAGUGUAUGCAGGAGAAAAUUCCCGAAAUAUACGUAAUGGAUGUAAUGAUAUUCGGUGCCACAUGUGCUCCAAGCAUUUCACAAUCUUUUGAUACCCAUACAGAUACAGAGGUGCAAUUGCAUACCUUUGUCGACGCAAGCAAAGAUGGUUAUGCAGCCGUCUGCUAUUUCAGAUUGAAAAAGAAUGAUACAAUCGUUUGCUCCAUUGUGGGGUCGAAAACCAGGGUAGCACCUAUUAAGAUUACAUCUGUGCCACGUCUUGAACUUAUGGCCGCCCUUAUAGGUUCUCGUUUUGCCAAAUUUUGCUAA